UAUUUAUAAUUGUACCGUAAAAACACGAACUUUGUCAAUGAUGAAAUAUCAGUUUCGAAAGUAGGAAGACAAAAAGUGAUACAAGUGUCGUUAGGUUCAUUAGUCGAAAUAUUUACGUUUGGAACAUUGUAUUACGUGUUUGAUACCUACUGAUUACAAGCUUUGAGUUGGAUAAAACACCACAUUCUCUUUCAAAAUGUCAAGCGUUGACAAACCAAAUUUUGAUGAAUCCACCGGCAAUAAGACAUUCAGGAAGAUAAAAGAGAAUCCCAUGGUUCCUAUUGGAAUGACUGGUUUCUUUCUGGCUGUGGCUUAUGGAAUAAAGAAUUACAAGAACAGGCCCAAGAACAUGUCCACCUCAAUGUACGUCAUGAGAUUUCGUGUCUUCGCUCAGUCCAUUGCUGUUGGUUCAAUGUUUGUUGGUAUUGGGUACACAAUCUUGAAAGAACACUGGACGGCAGCUGGACAAGAAACUUCAAAGUCAAGCAGUAAAUAAACAGAUGUGUAUUUCCAUUUUGUGGUUACUUAAUUUAAGAGAUAAUGCACACACCGACUUUUCAACUAUCAAAAUUGGCUUUAGUUAAAUUUGUUUUUAAAGAUCACCUGAUUUCUACAAGAUGGCAAUAUGACUGUCAAACUAUCUGUUUAGAAAUGGUAGUAUUUAAUUUGGUUACAGUUCUGGACAUUAUGUCCGCUGUUUAAUUACACUGUGAUAUCUGAAUCAGUUCAUGUCGCUAGUGCUGAAAGUUUUAUGUCGCAUAAUUGUUUACAUUUUUAUAAAGGUAAUCAAUGUUGUAUUUUUGUUCUAGAUGUUUGUAAAUGUUUGUUAGUACAACUCAUCUGUCAACAAAAGGAGUUGGCUAUUAUUUCAACUGUGACUCGGGUACUUUUAGCAUUAUUGACAUUAUUGUUUAUGACUAUAUUUACUGGACUUUGUCCUGUAUUUGCAUUGUGGAUGUGCCGGUGCCAUAUAAAUAUAUACUUUUUAAAUCACUUUAAUGAGUUUCGAAAUGAGCCAGAACAAGUUCAUUUCUAUAAACAACGGUUUAGAAGUCUGUUUCAUUAGUUUUUAUAGUUGUUUUUUUUUUUCAUACAUUUACUUGCAACUCCACAUUUGUAAUUAGUUAAACGCAAUCAAAUGACUAUAUUUAAUCUUUAUGAUUAUUUAGAACAGUUUUGCAGUGUAAAAGGAAAUCAGCCACAAAAUUUAGUUUAAAGGGUGUGCAUUUUAAAAGUUGUAACUGAUAUUGAAUGUUAUUUAAGGUGCGAUUUCAUGUCAGACAUUUUUAAAAAUAAAAUUAAAUUACAUAGCCACUAAAUAUUCAACUGUUUAUUUUAAAAAAAAAAAUGGAAACCACUUAAAACAGUAACUACCUAUUAAAUAUUUUUAAAAUUGUAUUUUGAAUGAUUAGUUAUUAAGUGAUGCAUUUGUUAGUUAUUUUGGUACCAAAUGAAUUGUACAGAUUAAAUACAAAUCACUUCUAAAUUUAUUUUAUCAUUACUUCUGUUUUAAGAAGGUAAAUGCUAAUUGCUAUUAAUAAUCAGUAACAAAUGAUGGCCUGUAAUGGUUGAGUGAAUUGUACUGGGACAUUGAGUGAGUGCAUUUUGUUACAUCUGACCCCAUUUUAGAUUUCAUGGUUGAAGAACACAAAUAAACUGGAUGUUAAUUGUU